CAUGGCUUUCUGUGCGUAAGAUCGGGUGCAGACUUUUUUUUUUUUACAGUAGAAUCUAUUCUGCUGAAAACCUUCAUUGGACCAAGCAUUCUCCUGUUUGGGGAGGACCUAUUUUUUCGAUGUUCCAAAUGGCCGAGGAGAAGGACAAGUCCCUCGGCGAGCAUCCGUGCAGUCCCGCCGGAACCACCAGCUCCAUGUCUCAGGACGAGUCGGACUCAGAUGCUCCGUCCUCCCCGACCGGGUCAGAUGGGCACGGGUCACAGCUCCUGUCCGGGCUGGACAAAAAACUCGACUGUGAAGAGGACGAACGUUUCCCGGCCUGCAUCCGAGAUGCGGUGUCGCAGGUCCUGAAGGGAUACGACUGGUCCCUGGUGCCGAUGCCAGCGCGGGGGCAUGGAGCUUUGAAAAGCAAACCUCACGUCAAGAGACCGAUGAACGCCUUCAUGGUGUGGGCGCAGGCGGCGCGCAGGAAACUGGCCGAUCAGUACCCGCACCUUCACAACGCCGAGCUCAGCAAGACUCUGGGGAAACUCUGGCGCUUGCUGUCUGAAAACGAGAAGAGACCAUUCGUGGACGAAGCAGAAAGACUGAGGGUCCAACACAAAAAAGAUCACCCCGACUACAAAUACCAGCCCCGCAGGCGGAAAAGCGCGAAGACCGGGCAGAGCGACUCCGACUCCGGGGCGGAGCUGAGCCAUCACCCGGCGGGACACCUGUACAAGGCUGCGCCGGGCAUGGGAUGCCUGGCGGGCAUGGCUGACGCGCACCACGACCCGGAGCGCGCAGGACAACCUCAUUGCCCUCCAACUCCUCCCACCUCUCCUAAAACCGACUCCCACCACGGGAGGAAGCAGGACCUGAAGCAUGCGGGCCGGCAGAACAUCGACUUCAGCAACGUGGACAUCUCAGAGCUCAGCACUGACGUCAUCAGCAACAUGGAGACCUUCGACAUGCACGAGUUCGACCAGUACCUGCCUCCGAACGGGCACAUGGCAGCUGCCCCGUCGCUGCCCUCCGACCCUGGGCACAGGCACACCCCUGUCCCCGGCUCCUACGCCUCCUCUUACAGCCACGGCGGUGUCAGCGGGCCAGCGUGGACUCCCAAAGCCGCCGCCGCUUCCUCUGACACCACCACCAACCCGCAGAGACCGCACAUCAAAACGGAGCAGCUGAGCCCCACCCACUACGGCGAGCACUCACAUGGCUCACCCUCCCCUACCGAAUUUGGCGUGUACGGGACCCAGGCCUGCGUGUCAUCAGCUGCCUCCUCCUUCUCCAGCUCCCAGUGUGACUAUACGGACCUGCAGAGCUCCGGCUACUACAGCCCAUACUCCGGCUACCCCUCCAGCAUCUAUCAGUAUCAGUACUUCCACACGUCCCGCCGGCCCUACGCCACCCCCCUCCUUAACAGCCUGUCUCUCCCCCCCUCCCACAGUCCCACCACCAGCUGGGAGCAGCCGGUCUACACCACCCUCACCAGGCCAUAG